AUGUUUUCUGCCAUGUAUUUUGAAGGUUUAGAUGCAGAGUGCAAAGAAUUUUCACUAGAACGAGCCAAGGAGUUGCCUGAUGGAAUCAUGCAGUUGAAAGGAAACAAGAUCCCUAAAGGGUUGGUUUCUUUGGAGCAUCUAUUUGAUCAUAAUGAUGCCUACAAGAAUAAUAAAGGAGUGAAAUUUCGGCGAGCUAUGGAAUUGUCCUUUGGUCACUUAAAGGAUAAGAUCAUUGUUGUAUAUCUGGAUGACUUGACAGUGUUCUCAAAAAGAAGGAAACAUCACCUGCGGGACCUGAGACAAGUGUUGCAGAGGUGCCGCAAGAAUGGGGUAUCCUUGAACUUGAAGAAGUUGGUAUUUGGAGUCAUAGAGGAAACUACCAGAUACAUUAUGAAUUUGAUGAGUGAGAAACAAGUUUUCAAAUGGAGUGAGGAAGGGAAGAAAGCGUUCACCUCAAUAAAGAAUGCUAUCGGUCAGGCACCUGUCCUAGUUAAUCCCGAUUUCAGUAUAGAUUUUGUUAUCUACUGCUAUGCCUCAGAGCACACUAUGUCAGGGAUUUUGUUACGGAAAAAUGAGGAUAAUGAUGAGGUCCCUAUAUCAUUCAUGCACGUACCCCUGAAAAAGCAUGAACUAAAAUAUUCAAUAAUGGAAAAACAAGCAUAUGCGGUCGUGAAGGAGUUCAAUUUAGAAAUUAGACCCACAAAGUUGGUAAGGGGGCAUGGUUUGUGCAAACUGAUUGCUGAAAGCAAGGAGGAAGUGACAGAGGAAUUGCCUUUAGUCCUAUUUGUUGGUCUUCAAGAUUCUUGGUUUGUAGAUGUAGCCUAUUAUUUGACGUAUGGAGAUUGCCCAGAACAUCUUUCUAUGAAAGAGAAGAGGAACUUGAGGCUAAAAGCUGCUAAUAACUGCCUAAAAGAUCUUGAGGAACUAUUAUUAUUGGCUAGGAAUGUUCAAGGACGCCUAUGCAUGGGUGGCCAGACAACCUCAGAGAUUAUUUGUAAUUUUCUGAAAGAGAACAUCCUAGUUCGAUUUGGAGUUCCGUUAAAAAUUGUAGCUGAUAAUGCUACCAAUUUCUCCUCUACUGAAAUUUCUUUGUUUUGCUAUGAUCAUGGAAUCUCUCUUGCUCACUCAUCUGAUUAUUAUCCUAAGGGAAACGACAAGGCUGAAUCCAGUAAUAAAAAUCUCAUUAAUAUCAUGAAAAAAUUAGUGAGUGAGAAUUUUAAGGAUUGGCAUAAGAAACUGUAUGAAGCCCUUUGGGCCGACUGUACAUCACCAAAGAGGGCAAUUGGGAUGUCUCCAUUUGAAUUGGUCUAUGGUGUUGGUGCUCAGGUAGCACUUCCUUUGGAGCUGGCAGCUACCAAACUAAAAAUGGUUAUUAAAGAUGUUUAUUUCCAGAGUUCUCUAGAAAAGCGGAUCAUGCACCUGACAAAGAUUGAUGAAGAAAGGGAUAAACUAGUGGACCGGAUAAUAGAACACCAGAUGAGGGUGAAAAGGAUAUUUGACAAGCAAGCAAGGCCUCGAAAGUUCAUCCAGGGUGAUCAGGUACUGCUCUGGGAUAGAAGAAGAGAGCCCAAGGGAUCACAUGCCAAGUUCGAGUCACUCUGGAAGGGACCAUUCUUGAUUCAUGAGGUAAAGGGACCAAAUUCUUUCAAACUUGCACAUCUGGAUGGUACUGUUCUUCAUUUGACUUAUAAUGGUCAAGAUUUGAAAUUAUAUCAACUGUAA